UGUCCUGACGAACCGAACACUUUUGAAAUGGCGUGCUCUCUUCAAGCCGAAGAAAAGGCCAAACCUCCAAAGAAUGACCUGGUGUGUAAGCCCCACGGAAUGGAAGCAGUGUUUGCCUGUAUGCAAUGUGAAGAUGCACUGUGCUGUGAGGACUGUGUAGUGACCACGCACCAAUGUCAUCGAUUCAAGAAAAUAUCAGUGUUAAUGGCCGAAAAGCGGGAAACAAUUGAAAACUACAUUAGAUAUUUAGAGGGGCAAAAAUUGCCAUCGCUGAAAGAGCAAAUGGAAGUUAAUGAACGAAAACUGCUUAAAACUCAAAGAGACUCAAGGGAAGCUCGCAGAGCAAUACUUGAGAGAUCUAAACAACUGAAAGCUGAACUUGACAAAGUUUUAAAUAGGAAUGUUCGGAGAUGUGAGGAAAUGGCGUUUGAGAACGAAUCCAAAUUAACAGUAUAUAAAGAACACAUGGAAAACAUCCUCACUGAGCACAGACAGAAGUUGAGAGAAGUGCAGCGCGUUAUCGACGAAGGAUCAAUUGAGGAAAUCAUACACACCAGAAAGAACCUGCCACAGCCUCCCGUAUAUCCACAAUAUCCCGACAUACACCUGCCUACCUUCACGCCAGGUGACCCUAGUCAACUGAGAGCAGCUUUUGGAACCAUUUUAUUAAGCGGUGCAGAGGAAGAAACGACUAAUGAAAAUAAUCCAGCACCAGUUCUUCGUGAAAUUGAAGAAUUAGAUUGAGGCUGUUGAAGUUUUGUUAUACAAACAUUUAUUGAAGUUUUUCAAGUACAUUCCAUACUUUAAUGAUCUAAUUAAUUUAGCACGAACAAUUACUGAAGCAACAAACCUUUACUGCACAUUGUAUUAUAUCUGUGUCUUACCCAGUGACUGGCAGCGCCUGUACACACACUGUUUUAGUUCCAAGUUGUUUUCCCGUGAUUGGGACUACAACUUGGUUGACUCCCUGAGGAAGAUUUCCUGUUUGGUCUAUCAAUGGGGUUUUAACAUCAACACCACUGUCGGUAUGGCCUAUGUGAAUGUGUGGCCUGAAAAAAAGUGAGAAGGAUGCAACGUUAUAUCACUUUAAUGAUUUCGCUAGGAAUAGUGAUAAUAAGACCAUGGCCUAUGUACCUUAUUGGGUAAAGUUUUGAUAUUUUUGUCAUGUUAUCUGGAAGGAAAAAAAGUUAUAUUUCAAUACACAAUUCCAUGUAUUUUCAUUAAUAAUUGGUUUGGCACAACAUUCAAACGUGUUUGUUUAGUUUCUUAGACAAAAAUGAUUUUACACAACAAGGUCGUAUUCCUUAUGACUGAGUUCACACCAUCGAUUAUACAUGUCGUUAAUUGUCUUAAUGCAUCUAAAUAGGAUUGUGGAAUUUUUGUUUCAAAGGAGAAGAUACACAAUGAAACAUAAAGAUGAAAUCAAUGCGAUAUGUGUUUUAAAUUAGAGGAAUAUGCCUUUUUAUCUUUAAGACAAACAAAAAACACAAGAAGCAUCUGUGGGCAAUCUAUAAAGAUGUGUAAUUUCAGAUAUGUAAUAUGUAAUAAUUCUUUAAUCGAUUGAUUAGUUGCUCAUUGAUUGAUUAAUGCAUAAAUCGUGAAACUGAAAGAUGUAUGUCUGCUUCUCCAACAAACAAUGUUAAUUGUUUUAUCCCAGCGGUAGGAGCAUGUUCUUUGGUCACAACGUCGGCGUCUCCUAACAAAACGUUUUCUUCUCGAGUUGUUUCAGCGCUAAUUACUCUAUGUGUACCCCUCUUCCUUUCCUAUCUGGCAAGUAUAUACAUUCAAUAGAAGUCUAGGAAGGAUGCUACAGUAUUUUAAUGUUCAGUUUAAUUUCAUUUUGUUUAUAUAAAUCAAACAGUUCCUCAACUGAACCUACAUUGCAUCAAAGUGGGACAAGUUUACAAAACAAGCACAUCCUGUAUUUAACAUGCAUUCAUACGGAUCUCACCUAAGAGAUGUUGGUGUAAAAUUUUAAGUUGAUGUUUCUGCAUGAAUGGACGAUUAAUUCACUGCUUUAUCAAAUGUACAUUAUUUUGAAUUGUCAUUUAAAUGACUUGAAUUAUGUAUAGGUAUCAAUUAUUGUACCAAUUUGCUGUCUGUGAUAUACGCAAUCGUUGAUUGCUCUUGUUGAUUAGUUCAUGUCACAAUAUUCAAUAAUUCAAUCGUGAAAAGUGUAACAUUAAUUAGGUAAUGUGUUAUAUAUCGCUGAAAAGGUCAAGUCCUUAUAAAGGAAAUGUAUUUAUUGCUUAAGUAUUGUUUUUAUUAACGUAUAAAAUAUG